UCUAAAAGCCCGCUUUUAAAACCGCGAUACUCUCGAUAUUUUCCGAUAACUUGAAUUCGCUGUUAAUAACUUGUAAAGUAAUGUUAAGUUAACAGAAGACAUGUAGCAAGGCUAGCGGAUUUCGGGAGAUCACACGUAACACUAACCAGUGCACGUAAGCAACCGCAGCUUAGCCGUUCAAAAGAAACACGUACUUUAAAAUGGGAUCGAAAUUUCAAGAUCACUACAAAACUCUUCAGAUUGGGCAAAAGUCGACCCAAAGCCAAAUCAAAUCAGCCUAUUAUAAACAUAUCAAAAUUUGGCACCCAGAUAAGAAUCCAGGAAAUAAACAUGCUGUGCAAAUGAGUAAGAUGAUAAAUGAAGCAAAGAGAGUACUUUCAGAUCCGGCGCUACGUAGAGAAUAUGAUAGGACAUAUAUUAAUAAACAAAAUGAACAAUAUAGAGAGCAAGGAAAGCAGUCGCACCACUCGCAGAAGAACACAAAAUCGAACUAUAAUCAUGAUCAAAAUAAUAGACAGGGCACGACAAAAGACGACAAGUCAAAUGGACGCCAUUAUCAAAACGAUAGCUCGAAAUCGAGCUAUAAUCGCAACUAUGAAAAAAAUCAUCAAAAUCAAGACAACCAAAGAGAUAAGCAGAGAGAACAUAAGGAAUAUCAGCACGAUCGCAAUUGGAACAACCAUCAGCAAGGAAACCGAGACAAUAAAAAUUGGAAUAGUCAUCAAAAUGGAUACCGAAAUCAAAGCUCCCAUCAGGACGAUCGCAAUUGGAACUAUUAUGGCCAUCAGCAGGAAAACCGGGACCAUACAAACAGGAAUAGUUAUCACAAUGGAUCCCAAUAUCAAAACGCCGAUCAAGACUACACGAACUUAUAUGAAACUCUAGGCAUAACAAAGGGUGCUACAACUAAGAAUAUUGAAAAUGCAUUUCGUAAAUUGGCUGCUAAAUAUGGUAGUAGUGAUAACCCCCAAGUCAAGCAGCAGUUCCAAAAAAUUCUUGGGGCCUAUUUAGUGCUAACCGAUCCAGUCUUGCGUGCCAAUUAUGAUAGGCAAUAUAAUAACAGCGAAAGCAGAAAUUCAUUUACAUUUAGAUUUCUAAACGAAACAUUCGAGAGUUUUUGUAAUUCAAUUAAUUGGGAUAAUGUACUUUGUGUUUUUGUGGGAUGCGGAUAUGUACUUUUUGUUAUAUUAAAAUAUGCGGGUAUCCUAAUUUUCACCGUAGGAAAAUGUGUUCUUAGGACUUUACCCCCAUUGCUUUUCAUCUUGGGAAAAUUAAUUUGUAUGAUUGUACCACCUUUGGUAAAGGGAUUAAUAUAUUUAGUAACUGGCUUAACAAAGUGCACGAUCUGGAGUCUGAAAAUGUUAUGCAAAUGUAUAUUUUAGAAAUCUAUCCAAUGAACACGAAAUAGUUGUGAAGAAGCUGAAAUUGAAUGGAUAUUAAUUUUAGUAGUAACCGCAAAAAAGGUCUACCUAUAUAAGCUAGCCUACCUACAUAAGUAUGUAUAGUAGAUAGACAGUGAGAUUUGGAGUAACUUAAUAUUUCCUCUUUAAACUUUAUAUCAGACCAUACUUGUUAGAUUUUGAAUUCCUAGGUCUUAUGGGCCCCAAGAUUACGGACGAAUGCUGGUGGUCGACUCAUCUGCUAUCAAUUUUAUAAACUUUUUUAGUUCUGUGCUUACAAUAUUGCCUUGCUGUUAUUGCUAAGAAAACUAAUUUUCAUAGUUUUCGACGAUUUUUUAUUACUUUUAUUUUGUUGAAUAGAUAAAAAUGUGCGACACCUUAA